AAUAGGUCUUGACCUCAAAAGCACGACGCGCUGCUGCUGAGCCGGUGGUGAGUUACUGCUCCUCAUGUGUGAGGAGUGAAGGUACUCCGUGUUGCCAUGGAUACCAACCUGCUGUACUGGAAGAGCCACGGACAGUCCUUCCUCAGCCGGCUCCAGGUCUGGGUGAACCUCCUCGACCCUCUGUCUCUGCUCUCCUCUGAUGCCGACAUACUGAAGGCUCACAGCUCUCUUGGGAGCGGAGAGACACUGAAUGAAAAGGACGGAGCAGCCUUGAGCCUCUCACUCUCCUCGGUCCACGCCGACUCCGGCGCCGUGGUUCCGCUUGUCUUCCGCCCUGCAGCGCUGCUGCCGAUGUCGACUCCUCUGGUGGUCGCCAGCUUCCUGCCGCACAGCAGCGUCCGCCUCGCUCUGUUCUGGCAGUUUCUGCUGCAGAGCUACUGCGCUGGCUUCAACUAUGCAAACAGGAACUCUUCCUCGGAGCAGAGCCCCACGGCGUCUCUGAUGCAGCUGCUGUUGAUGGCGGGGACCGUUUCCUACACUACAUGUGCCGGGGCACUUCCUCAAAUCUUCAUCAGCCGACUUGGAGUCCGGAGCGCUCCGGUCCAGACGUUCUUCCGGUCGAUAUUACCCAUCCCCCUCUCGGCUGCUCUGGCCUUCUUCAACGUGGUCACCGUCAGGAGCGCCGAGUCAGAAACGGGCAUCCGGGUGUUUGAUUCCAGGGGAAACCCCGUCGGCCUCUCCAAGGCAGCAGGAGACAAGGCCGUGAGGGAGACGGCGUGGUCCAGAGCGGUUCUGUUCGGCGCCACGGCGGCGCUCCCCAACCUGCUGGUGCUGCUCCUCCAGAGGACGAGGCGCUUCCAGAGGAACUCUCUGCUGGCCGCGCCGCUCCGUCACGUCAGCGUGGCGUUGGUUCUGGGCCUGAUGAUCCCCGUCUGCUUCAGCCUCUUCCCCCAGCUGGGGACGAUAAGGAAGGAAGACGUGGAGGAGCGACUGAGGGCCGCGGCGGACGGCGAGCGGCUCUACUACCACCGAGGACUCUGAGGGCGGCGAGCGGCCACCGUGACAGGAUGAAGUCUCUUCUCGCAGAUUUCACACUUCUUCUUUUUAUAGUACAUUUAUUUAGUUAGAAUAUUUCCUUGUACCUGAAAUAAACGUCCACUGUGUCGAGAGCAGCUGAGAAAUGAAAACCAUGAAGAAGAGUUUCUAUCUAACACAUUGAAACGGCUGCAUGUUGUAUGUGUGACGCGUUGCACUGGAGUGGGAGCGACAUCUAGAAAGCACAGGUGUACCAAGGGAAAAGGUACCCGCUUGAUUGGUCUCCACUUCACAGACUAAGUGGCUCCUGAUUGGCUCCUGAAAAUAUCCUCGUCACAUUCCUGACAACAGUAAUAUUUAUAAAGUCAACUGUAAGUUGAUUAUUUUCUCCUCCGCUACGGUUUCCGGUUGCUGGUGUGACAUGCAUUCUGGGAUAUCUGCUGGCCAGAGUACCACAAGUCUCCUCUGAUGCAUCCUGGGUAAAGUGGGAGGUUCAAGUCACAUCCGGGCAUUUUGACCGUGCUUUGGGCUGCGACGGAUGACGUAGAGAGAAGUACACACAAGAACGCUGAUUGAGAAACGGCUUUAAACUUAUCACAUAUAUACUUUUAUUAAAAAGUCCCUUUAUAAAAACAUCUGGGCUCCGAUCUCAAACAUUUGCCGGGUCCUAUUUUCAUCGGCGGAUUAAUACCAAGGUGUUUCUGUAGAGCGGAUGCAUGAGCACCGUGAUGGACACGGGGUUUUUAUACGGUAUAAUUGAAAUGUAGGGAUGUUUAUUUAAUUAUUAUUAUUAUUUUGUUUUGAGGGUAAUGAGUCUACUGUCUGAUUGAUACUCCCGAGCAGAGGGUGGCGGUAAUGCACCAACAUGGAUGCCAACUGCCGUUAAAAGAGAAGCGCAGCGCUGAGGCUCAUGGGCUCAUUCAAAGAUGGAGAAGCAGAGGAAUGAGACUCCUCCCCCCCGUGGAGACGCUUCCUGUGAGGCAGCAGCGGCGCCCCGGACCACCGGAACCACCCCGACACACGCCGCCAUGGAGUCGCUGGACCACCUGACGCCGAAGCACGGCGUGAGGAUCUCUCCGAGCGGCCCGUGCUCCGUGGAGGAUGUCUGCCUGGCCGUGGGCGACGUGGUCGGAGACCUCGACGUGAAGUCCGCCUCGUGGAUGGACGGCGCCAUCGUGGUGUUCGUAGCGACGGUCGCUAAGGCGGAGGAGCUGGUGGCGCGAGGCAUCGUGGUGUCGGGCACGCACGUGCCGGUUCUCCCGUUCUGAUCAGCGGCUGUUACGGUGUCGGAACCUCCACCGCCACGGAGGACUCCGAGGACCCGGAGCGGCUCCACCUCCACCGGGGACUCGAGGACCCGGAGCGGCUCCACCUCCACCGGGGACUCGAGGACCCGGAGCGGCCACCGUGACACGAUGAACUCUCUUCUCACAGAUUUCACACUUUUUGUUGUUGUAAAUCUAUUUAGUUGGAUUAUUUCCGUGUUUUCACAGAUAUGAAAUCGUACAUAAAUUCAUGAAAUAUACAUUUAGUUCUCAGUCACAGAUCACAUUAUCUGUAUGUAAUGCACUGAUCGGCCACUGGGCGGCGGGCUCGGCUCAAACCAUCCAUACAAUAAAAAUGUAAAACACUGGA